AUGGAAAGAUGCCUUGUGUUGUUAAUUGCAGGUGGUCAUGCAGCAGGCAAGUUGCAGAAACUUGCCGCAGAUUUGUUGAAGCAAAGACUAGAACGACUUUUUACGAAUAUCAAUGUGGAACAAAUCAGCCUGGCCGACUUUCUUAUACCGGAGAAAGCAGCUGAUGGGUCACGAGACCCAAGUUGCUUUGAUUUCGAAGCCAUAGAAAGUAAAAUCGAGCAAGUUUCGACAAGCCCGGGUGUUGACGUGCUCAUAGUGUAUGGGCUUUAUGCUCUAUACGACAAACGGAUCUUGGAAAAUGGUACAAUUCGGAUAUUUGUAGAUACAGAUGCAGAUGUUCGUAUGGGUCGUUGGAUCAAGAGAGACAUUAUAGAAGCCGUGAAUAGGAAUCCGGCACUUAAAUCCAAGCAGAAGCAAUUGUUGAAGCAUCUUCUGAAUGUAUACCUCGGGAAAUCUCGCUUAGAAAUGCAGAAAUACAUUGUUGGUACAAAGGAACUGGCAGAUGUCAUUCUUCCAAACGCAGGUGAACUAAGUGGCAUACAACUCAUUGUAGACGGGCUAGAUCCGGUAAUCCGGAAGCGUUCAUCUACCAAGUUUGGAAGCAGUGAGUGGGGAAUGCGCAGGGAAAGUAUUCUGGAGCCAUCUGGAAAAUCCUGGUCUUCGUUCAGAAAGAAGGUUGCCAAUGCACAGCAGCAAGGCCCUUCUGUUUCUUCACUUGGCGACGAUAAUUUCAGGGAUAACAGGCAGUUCUAUGAUGUGAAUUGA